AUGGUUUUACUAUUGACUUUGGUAUUCUUCAGUCAAUGUUCUCCCCUAUUCUGUAAGUUACUCAUGACUUCAUUUUUGCUCUUCCCGCUUCUCGGCGCCUACAUGCUCGUCCCAUUCAACGUCUCGUUUUCAGCUACUCGACCCAGACGUGAUCUGAAAGCCCUCGAACGUAUCAUGAGGGAAAUGAUCGAAAGUGGCGGUAUCGUGAAUCCGGCUUUCCGUCCCGGACGAUGA